GUUGACUCUGAAGCGAUGACCUUAGUCGCUUCUUUCUCUGCUCACUUGGGAAUUUCGUAACUCUCCUUUCCCAUUGUUUCCUCUGGCCAUCGGCGGCUACAGAUUGUAUAUAGUAUACUGUAUUAUGUAUAUGCAGAUUAUGUAGUCUGACUUGCAAAUUAGCUCCAGCACUCAAUCCGUAUAUCAGAUGUAUAAAGGUUGCGUUCUCUGAAGCUUGUUGGUUGACUAAAUAUUAUUGAUAUCAGAUUGUUUAGAAACUGUUAAUCUGUCUGGAGAUGAAGAUAAAUUAUACUCUUCUGGUUUUUUUACUUAUAGCCUCAGUCAUGUAUUGUCGCGUGACAGCAGAUCCAGAGGAGGCUGCUGCGGAUACGAAAAAUCCUGUAUUGUCAAAUACUGAGGGUCGUAAUGAUAGGGUAAGUGGUACCGUUGACCCUGAAAAGAAGGGCAAGGCAAGUGACUCAAGCGAAAAUGAUUCCAGUGAGCCAUUGGAGUCCAAAGGAGGACGGAAUGAGCAGAAGAAGGUGAAUGAUAGUAAUCAGAACGAUGAGCAGAAGGAGAAGAAGGGGUCGGGUUCUGAGUCUAAAAGGGAGUCAAAGGAGGGAAGGCUGCCUCCCUUACGAGAAAAAUGUGAUUCCUCAUCAAAUAGUUGUACGGAUGACGCUAAGACAUUAGUUGCUUGUUUGAGAGUUCCUGGGAAUGAAUCUCCAGCCCUUUCGCUUUUGAUUCAAAACAAGGGAAAAGGCUCCCUUAGUAUUACAAUUUCCGCUCCUGAUUUAGUUCAGCUAGACAAAAAGCAGAUUGAGCUCCAAGAGAACAAAGACACAGAGGUCAAGGUUUCUAUCCGAGGGGUGGAAAACGGCCACUUCAUCGUACUCACUGCAGGACAUGGCGAUUGCAGUCUCAAUUUUACAGAUCAAUUUAUAAGCAGGAAGAAAGUUGAUCAUUCCUAUGAUUCCUCAUACUUCAAUAUUUUUAAGCUAACUUUAUCUACAGGAUUCCUCUUUCUGGCUGCUUUACUGAUCAUAGUAGUAUCAGUUUUCAUGUGUACCAAAUUUGGGAGGAAAUAUUUUGCAAGAAAAGGUCCCAAAUACCAAAAGCUUGAUAUGGAGCUGCCCAUUUCCCACGGCAGCAAACUCGAGUCAGGUGAGAAUGAUGGUUGGGAUGAGAGUUGGGGAGACAGUUGGGAUGAUGAAGAAGUGCCAAAGACACCUUCGUUGCCUGUAACUCCUAGUUUUUCUUCCAAAGGCAUAGCCGCUAGAAAGUCUAAUAAGGAAGGUUGGAAGGAUUAGCGGCCCAAGUUCACAAGAUUAGUAAAAAGAUAUUCUGAGGUGAUGUCUCUCAAUGCUGAUAAUCUUCCUAGAUGAUCAAAUUCUGCAUUACUUUUGAUGCUAAAUUAAUUAGCUUAUGCAUAUUCACCAAGAUGCGAAUACAAACACGAUGUGCAUAGCCCUGAUUUCAGCUCCCUUAUUGGAUGACUUCUCCCACCCUACCUGUGGGGCAAUAUUGUCUAGUUAUAUCAGCUUGGUUUUGAUCAAUUCUGAAGUUGUGAGAUACACUUAGGAACACAUAUUGUUACCAAAAUUGGACAAAGUCGUUUACAUGCCCCAUCAGUACGCUAGUGGUUGAUCAACAGGUAAUAGAUCAUGUAAUCAUGUUCUUGAUACCUACUUGAAUUGGUUGGAAAUUGAUUAGAUACUUGACAUACGUUGCUUAA